AUGGAGGAGCCGAUGGGGCUUUUUGACCCAACUUUCAUGGAGAACCUAGCACCAGCACUGCCUGACAUCUCCCGCAAGGGCAUCAAGGUAGCUGUCAAUGCAGGGGCUUGUGACACACGGCUACUAGCCCGCUUGGUUGAGGACGAAGUCAAGAAACAGAAUCUACCCCUCCACGUGGCUUAUGUGGAGGGAGAUGAAGUCACUGGCACAGUUAACAAGUUGAUUGGAGAGGGGGAAGCCUUUCUAAGCCUGAUGACAGGGGAAGUCUUACAAAAUUGGGGUUACACCCCGAUAUACGCACAGUGCUACCUUGGAGGAGCUGGUAUUGCGGAAGCUCUGCGUCACGGCGCAGAUAUCGUUGUAUGUGGUCGUGUUGCAGACGCUGCACCUACUCCGGCUUAUGGUGGCAUGGUUGGGAUCGGCAAAAUGACUUCGACGAGAUAG